AUGGACGGCGACCACUCCGCAAAGACCAUGGACAAAGGCGCCAGCGCCGCAACCAAGACCCAGGACCUCGCUGACGGCAUCCACGAAGAUGCAAAGCCCACCGGCACCGGCGCCGGUGAGAAGAUGACUGGCCAGGGCACAUCGAUGCUUUCAAAGGACGGUGCUAUUGGCGGUGCAUUCCAAGGCGAUGGAGCGAUUGGUAGCAUUGGUAACAAGGUCGGCGGGCCAUUUGCUGAGACUGGGUCGAUUGGGAAGAACUUCACUGCUGAGGGCAGUAUCGGUGGUACGGCGCAGAAGUUGGCGGAGAAGAAUGAGAAGCACUAG